GGUCAACAGAGUGGGGGGUUUUCUCUGAAUCGUGACGAAAAAUGGUUGCUACAUAGCUCGCAGAUAUCGUUCUCAGUGCUAUUUUAUUGUUUUUUUCCGUAAUUAUUUUGUUUUGAAUGUGUACAAUUAGUGACAAGAAGUGCAUAAUGGCCCACGGAUUGAAUUCAGUGAUAAAAAGAGGUGUAACAACUACAAACUGUAGGAGCGAAGGUAAAGGCAUUGGAUCACGUAGGAUAUUCGCUCCUCAUUUUAAAUUGCAAGUGUUAGAUUCGUAUAGAAAUGAUGCAGAUUGCAAGGGAAAUCAAAGAGCUACCGCUAGGAAGUAUGGUAUUCAUCGAAGACAAAUCCAGAAGUGGUUGCAAGUGGAAAAUACCCUUCGUAAUAGCGUGAGUAAAGAAAAAUCCGAAUGUGCGACAGAGACAAAAGCAUGCGAGUUUGAAUUGACCUUGAACGGCAACAGACAGCGGGACGACGAAGUGUUCAGCAGCGGAGUCGAAGCUCGGGUUCCGGCGCUAACGCAAAGCCCUUUGGCGCCCCCAUACGCCCCGCCGCGACCCCUCCCCCUCGACUUCACUACACACAGUCGAGGCUCUGGUCGCACCAGCCCGAAUGUCGCCAGGCCAGAUUCGCCCCUCUCUCCUCUGGACCCCGCAGCACCCAUAGAUCUCUCGUUUAAAAGACCUACUUCGAUGACCAACGCACCUGUGCUCUGCCCCGUCGCUCCCCGCACCCCUUCAGCAGCACCGACCAAUGCUCAAGAAACUGGCCAAAGUAUAUUUUUGCCACUACCAGAACCUGUCAUACCUCAGCAGCCCCAUUCUGACAUUUGGGACUUAUCAACGAAAGGCAUUAAACGUAAGAGUCCUAGUCCUGAACCUGUAGUAUCUCCAAAACCUGUAAAAUUAUUUAAACCUUACCUAGAUGACAUUAAAACUACGGAAGAAAUUAAAGAAGAACCUCCCUAUUGUAUAAAAACUACUGAAGAAAUCAAAGAAGAACCUCUGUAUUGUUCUGCUGCGUUAUCACCAUGUGAACCUUUAUAUUGCAGUAAUGUAUGUGAUAUCAAAUCAGAAUAUAACAGCUCGUACACCUUACACGAAUUGCAACCCAACACAGGUCUUAAUUAUUACUACUACCCAUCUUACCCAUCCAGUACUGAGUAUGAAUGCCAUGGAUACUGCUGUGAAGAUAUCAGCUAUGGCCAAAAUGUGGCUCCAUUAAAACACAGACAAAGUUAUAGUUUAGAUUUCAAAUUGAGUGCCAUAGAUUGUUACUAUCAAGACUCUAUUUGUAAGGGAAACCAGAGAGCAGUCGCUACAAAGUAUAAUAUUCAUCGGAGGCAGAUACAAAAGUGGUUGAAGCAGGCUGAAGAACUGAGACUCCGGAAUGAAUCUUUAAAACAGAUACAUGCUGUAAGGUAGAUUAUUGUUAACUUUUUAGUAAGAGUAUCCAAAAUAGAUGGUCGACUCUUAGAAGAUCAUUUACUUUUGUUUUAUAAACAUUGGUUAUAGCAUAAAUACAUUUAAAUACAUUUUUGGGAAUAUUUAUCAGUAUUAUCAAAAUUAUAGAUCAACUGGCAGUAUAGAUUUACCAUAUUUAAGCUUGCUAUUUUAGUUUGAUCAUAUGAAAGCUCAAAAAUUAUGUAACAAAAUAAUUAUUUGUUAAAUUCUGUGAUUUUUUAAGUGUUGACAUUAUAUUUUGGCAAACUCUGUAUAAAUCCAAGCCAAGAGUCUAUUAGUUGUUAAGAAAAUGACAUAUCCGAUUUGUUUAUUUGCCUUAUACAAAUGUGGGUGCUAAUUUAAGAAUUAUUGCUCAGCAUAUGACAAUGUGCCUUGUUAGAUUGUAGGAAAACAUGUGCCAAAAAUUGAACGGGAGGCAGCUAUUGGUAUACCUGAAAUUAUGCAAUAUGUUCUAGUAUUCUGUUUUUGAAAUUCUUCUCUUUGUCUUCCUUACAUUUGCCAUUUUAUAUUUGGAGUGUGAACUGCCAAAUAUCUUAUUUACUUAUUUAUUAUUUAUUAUUAGUUCUGUAUAUUUUUUCUAUAAUAAUAGAAUCAACUAAACUAGUUAGUUCUUAUAUAUCAAAUUGGAUGUAUCUUAGCAGAAAAAGAAAAGUUUUCUGUAACAAUUUUACCCACAUUAAAAUAGCUUUUCAAAAGAGCAAGGUGGACAUUGAUAAAUUCACUCCCCAGGCACAACGCGUGGCACCUGAGGAGUGGCGGCAGAAGUGAAUACUCUUUCUUAUAGCGCGUUGUUAGGUGGGUUAAUGAAAUUUUUCGUUUGCAUAUUACUGAACUGUUAUUAUUUUUUAUAAUAAAACCACACAUAUAAAUUCUUUAAAAUUUAAAAAACCUUAUUUUUUGUGAAAAUUUUGUUAAAUGAUUUUAGUAAUUUUCAAAAUGUGUUAAAUAGAAUAUAAAAUCUUUUCGUCAUUUACCAUUUCCAUUAUUAUCUUGUAUUUCUGUUUACUUCAUUUUGAUUAUCAUUAUACGUAUUUCAUUGUGAUGGAUUUAAAAAACAAAAAAUAUCUUCUCGACGGGGAAUCGAACUCCAGUCAUUAGUGUGAAAAGUAAAAAAGUAUAAAUAUACAGGGCGAGUCAUGAGGAACUGUACAUACUCCUACCUCGUAUAGAGGCCCCUAUGGGGAAUAACAAAUGACCAUUAAAAAGUGUCUGCUCCCAUUGUUUAAUAAUAUACAGGGCGAGUUUCGCAUUUUGACAUAAAUUUAUAUUCGUCAUAAUUUUUGAACGGUCAGAUCGAUGUGUCUCUUAUUUUGGUCAAUCGUUACACUAUUACCACCCAAUCAACUGAUUUAUUCAUACUAGAAAAAAAUCAGGUUCGGCUUUAAAAAAUUAGUUCGUUUGGGUCUUAGAAAAAAUUUCACCCUGUAUACGCUUUUUGAAAACUAAUAUUAAUUUUACAAAUUAGACAAAUAGGCAAUUAAAAUGACAUAUUUAUUUUUUCCCCACACGAUUACUUAAUUUUUUAUAAAAAAAAUCAAAUUUGACUAUGAAUUAAAAAUUUGGUAAAGUGAACCAUAGAUUUAAAAAAAAUUAACUUUUAUUACAAAAAUUAAUUUUUUUAAACAAAUAUUUGAUUUAUGUUACCAGCCAAUCAACUGAUUUAUUCAAACUAGAAAAAAAUCAGGUCCGGCUUUAAAAAAUUAGUUCGUUUGGGUCUUAGAAAAAAUUUCACCCUGUAUACCCUUUUUGGAAACUCUAAUAUGAAUUUUACAAAUUAGACAAAUAGGCAAUUAAAAUGGCAUAUUUAUUUCUUUUCCCACACGAUUACUUAAUUUUUUAUUAAAAAAUCAAAUUUGUCAAAAUCGCAAUUUUACCAUAAAAAUAAAAAAAAUUAAACAACGUUUUUCUUAAAAUGAAAUGUUUCACCAUUUUUUUUUCUAUAACACGUCUAUAUCUAAAACUCCCCAUAACACUUCCCUUUGGCUAUAGUUUAACAUAGACGUGAUAAAAUAAAUUUUUUCACUUAAUUUUUGCGAUUUAACUUUGCAAUUCACGAAUCUGCACCUUUUAUUUUUUAAAAUUCAUAACUUUUACGAGAAGAAGACUGAAAGUCUACAACAAUUGUCAUAGGCUUCACAAUGGUAAGAGAUAUGUGCUGUAAAAAUUUCAGAAAAAUUUUAAAUGGAACGUUGUAGCGAGUUAAACCGUGAUUUCAUCUUUUUUUUAUUUUUAGGUUAAAAUUCCGAUUUUGACAAAUUUGAUUUUUUAAUAAAAAAUUAAGUAAUCGUGUGGGGAAAAAAAUAAAUAUGCCAUUUUAAUUGCCUAUUUGUCUAAUUUGUAAAAUUCAUAUUAGAGUUUUCAAAAAGCUUAUACACGGUGAAAUUUUUUCUAAGACCAAAACGAAAUAAUUUUUUAAAUCCGGGCCUGAUUUUUUUCUAGUUUGAAUAAAUCAGUUGAUUGGGUGGUAACAUAAAAUAAAUAUUUGUUCAAAAAAAAUUAAUUUUUGUAAUAAAAGUAAAUUUUUUUAAAUCUAUGGUUCACUUUAUCAAACUUUUAAUUAUUAUUCAUAGUCAAAUUUGAUUUUUUUAUAAAAAAUUAAGUAAUCAUGUGGGGAAAAAAUAAAUAUGCCAUUUUAAUUGCCUAUUUGUCUAAUUUGUAAAAUUCAUAUUAGAGUUUUCAAAAAGCAUAUACAGGGUGAAAUUUUUUCUAAGACUCUAAGACCCAAACGAACUAAUUUUUUUAUAUGCCGGACCUGAUUUUUUUCUAGUUUGAAUAGAUCAGUUGAUUGGGUGGUAACAUAAAUCAAAUAUUUGUUAAAAAAAAUUAAUUUUACCAAAGUUUACUUUACCAAACUUUUAAUUCAUAGUCAAAUUUGAUUUUUUUAUAAAAAAUUGUAAUCGUGUGGGGAAAAAAUAAAUAUGCCAUUUUAAUUACCUAUUUGUCUAAUUUGUAAAAUUCAUAUUAGAGUUUUCAAAAAGCAUAUACAGGGUGAUAUUUUUUCUAAGACCCAAACGAACUAAUUUUUUAAAGCCGGACCUGAUUUUUUUCUAGUUUGAGUAAAUCAGUUGAUUAGGUGUUAAUAGUGUAACGAUUGACCAAAAUAAGAGACACAUCGAUCUGACCGUUAAAAAAUUAUAACUCGCCCUGUAUAUUAUUAAACAAGGGGAGCAGACACUUUUUAAUGGUCAUUUGUUAUUCCCCAUAGGAGCCUCUAUACGAGGUAGGAGUAUGUACAGUUCCUCAUGACUCACCCUGUAUGAUUGUAUACCGCAAGGUUUCUGCGUACGUCCUUAUAUUUUGCGUCACGCUAAAUAAUAUUUCGGGACCGUGCAAAAAAAAAGUUUUGCUGGACAAAACUUAAGAAAAGAAAUAGUGUUUUCGUUUGAAAAUUGAAUUAUGUAAUCGAAUUUAAAAUAUAAUGUCCAUUUUGCUGCUUUUAAGCUAUAAACUAGUUACUUAUUUUGUCUUAAAAAAAAGAGUGAUUAAAUAAUUUGUUUUUAGUAAACAUUUUUGGUAAAUGUUUAUAAAUGCGUAUUUCAACUGUGUACCAAAAUAAAAAAAAAGCACUCUGGUUGAUCAACCAGUCAAAGUUAAAAUAUAGUGAAUCAUGAACCAAUUUUUGAUAUACCCUAUUCCACGAACAUACGCCUGUUUUGGAUUAUUUCGACAACGAAUAUUUUACUGCGCAAAAUAAGAAGAACGAAAGUAAAUUGCAAAUUACAUUGUUGUUUAUUGUAAUAAUUAUUAGCGCCAUUUACUUUCGUACUUCUUAUGUUGCACAGUAAAAUAUUCGUUGUCGAAGUAAUCCAAAACAGGCGUAUGUUCGUGGAAUGGCCCAUAUAGAAAAAUGUUAUCCGAUAUUUGGGAUAUUGAGGAAUAAUAAGAAAUAAGAAAAAUGAAACAAGGUAGGGUUCAAAUGAGAAUUGUGUUAAAAAAUGAUUUUAAUGUGUUACAUAGACAAGCAAAAUAUCUAUGUAGUUGGAUAUAAGAUCAGCUCGUGAUGUAUAAAGAAUUGACAAAUUAAUAUGAAAACUGAUUGUUUUUCUGUUAAGACUCCCUUAUAAUUUAAAUCUCCAUAUGAUGUUUGCAAUCGAUUGAUGUGAUUUGUAGGUAUAUAAUCUUAUCUAAACUAUGUAAAUAUUGAUUUUAUUAUUAUGUAUUAAUAAAUAUAUUGUGACCUUACACCAAUAGGUUGUGAAAUAUCUUGAUAAAGUUGUUUUUUAUCUUAUUGUAUAUUUUUCAGCUUGGCUGAUCCUAUGAAACUUUUUAUAGAUAUUGUAUUAUUUUAUAUGAGAUAUUUUAUAAAUGAUAUUAAUAAAAAUGUACAUAUUU